CUUGGCACCUGUUCAAUAUUUACUCUCAUUUCUCAUUCAAUAUUUUACUUAGGGGCUCUAUUUACUAUAAAAACCUACAUACAACUCUGGAAUAAACCAGCUUUUGCAUCCUACAGUUCAGAGCUUACUCACACUCAUCUUAAACAUUGA